GAAAAAGUCUUGCUACGUUGCCAGGUCAGUUUCAAACUCCUGUCAAAUGAUCCUCCCACCUCCCAAAGUGCUGGGAUUAUAGGCACAUGCCACAGUGCACAGCUUUUUUGGUAUUUUUGCAUAGGGUUUUGAUUAAUAAAUGCAUUUGCUGAAUAGGAUAGAGUUAUUUUUGCAGGUACGUGAUUUUCCUGUUCCUACCAUUAGAUGGCAGUGCUCAAACUUAGUAGUACAAAAAUAUUCCAGGUUUUAAAAACUAAACAGGAUUCUGGGUCUGUGGUCUCAUCUGCUUUGAAACAAUAUUGCCUCAGCAUGCUAUAAUACAAACUAUCAAAUGAUCUUGUUUGUUCACUUACUAUAUGAAACUUCUCUUUAUUUCUGUAUUGACCUGUUUGGUGUGUGGAAGAAAGACUUUUCAUUAAAGUUCUGAACCUUAGCCUAGAAUUUACAAAUUAUUGUGUAGAGCAGAUUUGUUAUUGUCUAAAUCAAUGGCAUUACCUACCAAAUGUAUAACUGUUGUCAUUGCUACUAUAUUAAUACUUGAAAGGUUAAUUUUCUUUCCAAGCAAAGAACAGUAGGAACUUUAUUCAAUUUUCUACUUGCUCCCAACCCCCAUUCUCUUUUGUUCUUGAAGAACUGUAGAAUGAAAUGGCUCCGGGACCCAUCCAAGUAGGGCAUGGUGGUUUGAAAAGAUUCCAGCAUGGAACAAAGAUUCCAUAUUUUGCCUGAAAUCUUUUAUUCAUAUGAUUCUUCUAAUGCUUCCUGGAAAAUUCCAAGAACUUGAUGUGAAAUAAUGCAGGGCACAGGGCACCCAACUGGCCUAUGGCAGGUGCAUUAGUCCAUUCUUGUACUGCUAUAAAGAAAAGAGGUUUAAUUGGCUCCCGGCUCUACAGGCUGUACAGGAAGCUCAAGGGCUUCUGCUGCGCUUCUGGGGAGGCAUCAGGAAGCUUACAAUCAUGGCGAAAAGCCAAGGUGAAGCACGUAUGUCUUAUAUGGUGGGAGGAGGAGGGAGGGUUGACGAGGCACCACACACUUUUGAAGAACAUAUUUCGCCAAAACUCACUGUCUCCAGAAUGGCACCAAUGGGGAAAUCUGCCCCCAUGAUCCAAGGACCUCCAACACUGGGGAUUACAAUUCGACAUGAGAUUCAGGUGGGGACAUAGAUUCAACAGGGUUUGAAUAAUUUUUUUUGUUUUCCUACUAAGUGUUGGGCUUAUUUGUAGGGAUAGUAGGGUAAGCCAAUUAAAACUAUAAUAUACAUAUUACUUUAUAUGUAAUAAUGUGAAAAUAAUGUGUCUAAAAGAAGGUGAGUGGAAACUCUAUAGCAAAAUACCAGAGCCUUUCUUUAGAAAAGGACAGCUUCUGUUUUGAUAUAAGAUAAUAGUUCCUGUUUGACAGAACUUCUUAGCCCUAACUUAGUCUACAGAAUGACUUCUCUUGAGCACAGCUUCCAGGAGAAAAUUUUGACAAUAAAUCAAGUCUGGUGACGUUUUUGUUGUUGUUUUUGCCUGAGAAUUUAAUGAGUUUCUCUGUGAGAAUACUCGAAUCACAAAAUUCCUAUUAGAUUGCUCUUAUGGAGACAACUUGAAAGAUUAUUGGCAAUUUCCAAUUUAGUAAAAUGUUGGCUAUAACAACUUAGUGAAUUAUGAGGAUAACCUGUUUCUCUUAGGUUUCUGACAUCUAAGUGUCCUUACAGGAGGAAGAUGAAGCUCGCUAUCCUAUAAUUGUCCAGCUCAACUGCUCAUCAGCAUAAACAUUGAUUUGGAAAAGACUUUGGGUAUCACCCGUAGGAGCCUGGGAAUUUUCUCAUCCGAACUAAACAGUGAUUAAAGGUUUUUCAAGAAAGUUCUUGCUGCAAUAUCUGUUUUCAUACACCAAUCAGGUCAUCUUCCUCUUUGCUUCCUCUCCGUGCAACGCCCUUCCCUCUCUUCCCAAAACUGGAGAACUUACUCAUGCGUAAGAUUCAGCUCAAAUGUCACUCCCUGGUGAAGGCUUUCUCAACACGGCCCUGGGAGCAGCCGGUUACUCCAUGUCUCUCCCAGAGCUCACUGCAAGCAGCUCCCCUUUUAUCAGAGAAUAAUGGGAUUAUCUAUUUUCCUGUAGGUCUCGCCCCCAGGGUGUAAGCUUCGAGGACGGAGACAGUGUCUUUUAAAUUUUUUCCUGUUUUUAUUGCCCAGCCAGCCCUUGUAGGUGACUCUCGAGGUUUCACAGGAGGCCAAACUGAAGGAAUGCCAGUUGGCACACAAGUUCCCGCCAACCGAGCGUUUAAAAAUAAGCAGCGGGGAACACUAGAGAACAGUGGGUGUCCCUCACGACAACCGCCUCUCAUCAAUUCCGGCCGGUCCACGCGACAGAAGUGAUUUUGGAGUUUGAUGAGGAAAACGCUUCCCUUAAAGAGUCCCUGCGUUAUUUCUCCGACUCUGUGACCGAGACGCUGUCCGCUUUCCUAUAACGGUGACGGAAAGCCAAGGGGAAAACGUAGGAUUCAAAGGUUUAAGGGUAACAGGCCUCAGACACUCGGGCUCGAGGCUGAUUCCGAGCUACUGACUGUGAGGAGAGGUCGCGCGGCGCCUUAGUCUCCGCGCAGCCAGCAAGGAGGCUGAGAGCCCACCGGAGUCCGCCGCGCCCUCAACUGCCUUCUCCCUCGGUGCCCCGCCCAUCCCUGGGCGGAGAGCACCGUUCUCGCGAGAAAGUGGCUGGCCUCGCCUCUUCGGAGAGCUCUCGCGAGAAGAGGCGAGGAGCCGGCCUGCAACCUGCCGGUGCGGCUCUGAUACUCGCAGCUGCCUCAGUGGCCGCCUCCACAGCCACCUCCACAGGGAUCUGGCUGAGGAGGAGUGGAGGUGUCACCGGCCUCGGAUUUUGCUCCAGUUCUCUGUGGGCACCGAAGAGGGACUGCAGGUUCGAGAGUUAUGGGUGCUACAUGUGUGCUUUCAGAGCAGUAGUGAGGAAGCUUGGAGUGGGAUGGCAGGACGGCCUCAUCCCUAUGACGGUAACUCCAGUGAUCCAGAGAAUUGGGAUCGGAAAUUGCAUAGUAGACCUCGUAAACUUUAUAAACAUUCAAGUACUUCCUCGCGUGUUGCUAAAGGAGGAGUCGACCACACCAAAAUGAGUCUACAUGGUGCUAGUGGAGGACAUGAAAGAUCAAGAGAUAGGCGAAGGUCAAGUGACAGAUCACGAGAUUCAUCUCAUGAAAGAACAGAGUCUCAACUUACUCCUUGUAUUAGAAAUGUGACUUCUCCAACACGACAGCACCAUGUUGAACGAGAAAAAGAUCACAGUUCCUCUCGUCCAAGCAGUCCACGUCCUCAAAAAGCAUCCCCAAAUGGUUCCAUUAGCAGUACUGGGAACAGCAGCAGAAACAGUAGUCAGUCAAGUUCAGAUGGUAGUUGUAAGACAUCUGGGGAGAUGGUGUUUGUAUAUGAAAAUGCAAAAGAAGGAGCUCGGAAUAUAAGAACGUCAGAACGAGUGACACUAAUAGUGGAUAACACUAGAUUUGUUGUAGACCCAUCCAUUUUUACUGCACAGCCAAAUACAAUGUUGGGCAGGAUGUUUGGAUCUGGCCGAGAACAUAACUUUACACGACCCAAUGAGAAAGGAGAGUAUGAGGUGGCAGAGGGAAUUGGUUCUACUGUGUUUCGAGCUAUUCUGGAUUACUAUAAAACAGGAAUAAUCCGUUGUCCUGAUGGCAUAUCUAUUCCUGAACUGAGAGAAGCAUGUGACUAUCUUUGUAUCUCUUUUGAAUAUAGUACUAUUAAAUGUAGAGAUCUCAGUGCCCUAAUGCAUGAGUUAUCAAAUGAUGGUGCUCGUAGACAAUUUGAAUUUUAUCUGGAAGAAAUGAUCCUCCCUCUCAUGGUAGCUAGUGCUCAGAGUGGGGAACGGGAAUGUCAUAUAGUGGUGCUUACAGAUGAUGAUGUGGUUGAUUGGGAUGAAGAAUAUCCACCACAGAUGGGAGAAGAAUAUUCACAAAUUAUUUAUAGCACAAAAUUAUAUAGAUUUUUCAAGUACAUUGAAAACAGAGAUGUGGCCAAGUCAGUUUUGAAGGAGAGGGGUCUUAAGAAGAUUAGAUUGGGAAUAGAAGGUUAUCCUACCUACAAAGAAAAAGUAAAGAAAAGGCCUGGAGGCCGCCCAGAAGUGAUCUACAACUAUGUCCAAAGACCCUUUAUUCGAAUGUCCUGGGAGAAGGAAGAAGGAAAGAGUCGGCAUGUAGACUUUCAGUGUGUAAAGAGUAAAUCUAUCACCAACCUUGCAGCAGCUGCGGCAGACAUUCCCCAAGACCAGCUGGUAGUCAUGCACCCAACUCCACAAGUGGAUGAGCUGGACAUUCUCCCUAUCCAUCCCCCUUCUGGCAAUAGUGACCUUGAUCCUGAUGCACAGAAUCCAAUGCUGUGAUGCUGAUGUUCCUUGAAACCAUAGCAUGCUACUCUUCACAGUGACGUUGUACUCUCCUCAUUCUGCACUGCAAGGCCACUCUUCUUCAUUGUGAGAUGCACAUAACAAUGUUUAGGAUAUUGCAGUGUAGGCUUUUUUAAAGACCAAAGGUAGCUGAAUGGUUUUUUUAAAUGAGUACAACUCUAUCAUCUUGAAGUUCCAAUUAUAUAAAUGUAUUUGUUUACCAGUAGGUUUGUGAAAUUGGUUCUUUGUAUGGGGGAUGGUCCUUUUUCACACAUCUAGGUCUUUUCAAAAGUGGUGGAAAUUGGCAGCUGGGGUACUUUCAGUUUGGAUUGAUAAUCAUCACACCCCAGAUAAAAUGCAGAAUAUUACAUAGUUGCACUUUAUAAAUGGUGGUUAAAUAGAAAUGUUCAAGCCAUUUUAUAGUUGUGAUGCACAAUAUAACUUAAGUAAGUGCUUCUGUCAAAGUAUUCCUCCAGUAAAAUUUGUAUAGUUUGCUGCCCUUGAUGAGCAAAAAGUAUUUAUCUUGGGCUUAUCUGAAUGAUCAGGAUGACAUUUAAUGCCCAGAUCUUAUAAGUUCAGUUAUCUCCAGUGCCAUUUCACCCUUUAGAGUGACUCACAUGCAGGGAGUGUGAACGUCAGAGGUGGUUUAUUAUCCAGUCUGCCUUACCCUUAAUCUGUUCACAGAUAUUUAUUUACUAAUGCUUUUUUUCUUAAGAGUUAUGGGAUAGGAAAAUGAAGUGUUUGCUCUUCAUUUACUCAAUGAUUGUAAACUCGAGUUUUUCAUCAAAAUAAAAUUCCAUUGUUUUAA